UUUUUCCAUAGGAUCAGUUAUAAAAAGAACUGCAAUGAAAUGAGCAGUUUAUUUUCUCAGUCUCAUCAGUCAAAGACUUGCAAACGUUCUGGAAAGAGUGUUGGCUGGCUUGUUCAUUUCUAUUGGGACAAUCAUUGUGUUUCUGCAGGACCAAAGUAGCAGACUGGCUAGUGAAGAAUGCUGUCAGAAGGGUAUCUCAGUGGACUUGCCUACUGGAAUGACAUCUACUGGAAUCACACAUCUUAUAAUGAAGAGGUGGCUGGGGAAAAGGAAGAGGAGACAACUUCUGUUGCGGCUCUUUCCUAUUCCUCUGUGGAUGAAGAGGAAGUCAGAAGUCUUUACAUGAGCUGCAAAUCCUCUGGCAAGUUUAUUUCUUCACUGCACUCAAGAGAAAACCAAUGUAACAGAAGUCAGAGAGUCACAGUGCUGCAGACAAACCCUAAUCCGGUGUUUGAAAGCCCAAACUUGGCUGCAGUUGAAAUAUGUAGAGACCUCCAUAGAGGGACCUACUUGGUUCCACCUUCCUGCAAAAGCAUUUGCAAAAAUUACAAUGACUUACAUAUUGCAGGGGGACAAGUGAUGGCCGUUAACUCAGUGAUGACAGAUUUUCCCUCUGAGAGCAGUUUUGAAUGUGGUCCUUUGCUGAAGUCAUCGGAGAUUCCUUUGCCCAUGGAAGAUUCCAUUUCCACUCAGCCCAGUGACUUUCCCCAAAAGCCUAUUCAGCGGUACUCAUCGUAUUGGAAAAUAACCAGCAUCAAAGAAAAAAGCAGCCUGCAAAUGCAGAAACCUAUUUCAAAUGCAGUGCUGAAUGAGUACUUGGAGCAGAAGGUGGUGGAGUUAUAUAAGCAGUACAUCAUGGAUGCCAUGUUUCAUGACAGUUCUCCUACCCAGAUUCUGGCAUCUGAACUCAUCAUGACAAGUGUGGACCAAAUCAGUCUUCAAGUGUCUAGAGAGAAGAACCUGGAGACCUCAAAAGCUAGGGAUUUAGUCAUUAGUCGCCUAUUACAGUUGGCAUCAACUGAGAUCAGUACACCUAGUCUUCACAUUUCACAGUACAGCAAUGUGAAUCCAUAGAGAGGAUGCUUCCAUCUCUUUCAUCUACCCCAAAACAAUACUAAUACUAUAUUGAUUUAUUUGGAAAAUGUGCUGGAGGGGGCUAUAAAAGGGAGUCAAAAACCUGAAAAGCAAAUGUUGGAUAGAAAGUAGGUGUGAAUAAAGAAGAAAUCUCUUAAUAUUACACAUGAUGAAGGAAUGUGGGAAGAGAAAUCAUAAUGGUUUCAAAGAGAGGUUUGCACAGCAACAAAGCAAAAAUAAAAAUGAUCAAAAAAGAAAAGGUUGUGAUCCACUUAUGGGAGUAUAAAAAUCAGAA